CAAGCAUUCUUCUAUAAGAACCCAACAAGCCUCAGCCUCCCUCCUCUCUUCAUCCCCUUGCCAUCACCCCUUCACCAGCCCACCAAGAUUUACCGGCCGUCGACAGUUAAUUGGAGUUCACCAUGACUACUGUCCGAGUUCUUCUUACAGUUGCCCUGGUCAUCUCCCUGCUCGCCCUUGGCCAUCAUCCUCUCGCUCAUGCUCGCCACGUGAAGGACCCGUCCAUACCAACCGGUGAUUCCUCGUCUGUAAAGAAAGGAUUACAGCAAGGGAGCAACAUGAAGCUCGAUGCCGGGAAGACGAAGAAAGUUGAAAACGUGAGAGUGGAGGAGACACCAAAGGGAUCUGUUGAACCAAGCUUUGGCAACCGGGGGAGCCUUGGUGCUGAGUCUGAUAAGGUGGCCGUGCUUGCUCGCCGUGGAGAACCACCCAAGCCUCACCCGAAAAAACACAACUAAGGCACUGUCCGGAAUGGGUGAAUUUUUUGGUGACCAUAUAUCGGUACUUAGCUCAAAGUUGAACCAACUACCGGUGACCCUACAAGCUUUGCAUCCAGUGUCCAGCAGUCCCUAAGUAUGUGUACAUAUAGUUAGCUAGCUAGUUUGCUUUUUAGUUGAUCUUGUUAUAUUUAUUAUCUGAUUUAGAGCAGUGGUAGUUCUCUUUCUUGCAUGUUUCCCCUGCCCCUCUCUAGCUAGUUUCUAGGUGAAAUUUUGGCUAGGAAACGGAGAUCCGACUCCACUGAGCAUACUGUACUAUAGCUGCCUACUGUCAAAUUAAAUACCACACUUUUUCCAUAUAUACACAUUUUAUUCUUCUACUUUUGAAGGGUCAAAGGAUGCAUUAAGCCAAAGGAAAUUUUAACACGUGUUCCUCUUUUUUUUUUGAAGUUUUUUCUUAACACAAGAUCGGAUGGUCACAGUUGCAAAAAAAGGCAAACUGUACACAAAAAAAUCUUACCAUCUAUUCACAAAAAUGUGAUUUUCAAAACUUUUAUUAAAGUUGGUACGAACCGACUGACACGGAUUGCACAUAGUGCAACCAACUCAGGCGGCUUUCAUGCCGGGCAGACACAUACUAGAGGGCGUUGUCGUCCUACAUGAAGCACUAUGAAAUCCACUCGAAAAAACUGGAUGGGGUAGUUUUCAAAGUAGACUUCGAGAAGGCGUAUGAUAAGGUUAAAUGACCCUUCCUCUAGCAGGCCUUACAUAUGAAGGGAUUCGACAAUUCCUGGAGGAAACAAGUCAAGUCAUUUGUGCAAAAAGGCAGCAUAGGGAUUAAAGUGAAUGAUGAAACAUGUUAUUAUUUCCAGGCGCAAAAGGACCUAAGACAGGGAGACUCAAUGUCUCCUAUCUUGUUCAACAUAGUGGCGGAUAUGUUGACAAUUCUUAUUGGUAGGGCCAAAGAGGAUGGGCAAGUAGGCGGACUCGUACCCCAUCUUGUGGAUGGGGGUUGUUCAUACUACAAUACGCUGAUGACAAUAUUAUUUUCGUGGAACGUAAUUUGGCAAAGGCUAUAAAUAUGAAGCUUGUGCUAUGCUUGUUUGAGAAAUUGUCGAGGUUGAAGAUCAACUUUAACAAAAGUGAAAUUUUCUGCUUUGGGAGAGCCAAAGAUGAACAAGAGGCUUAUAGACAAUUGUCCAGAUGUGAACUGGGCCCCUACCGUUGGCAUACCAAUUCAUCAUCGCAAGCUAUCCAACAAAGAGUGGAAGUGUAUUGAAAAUACAUUUGAAAAAAAAAGCUGCUGUAACACUAUUAGAAAACAGGGCUUUG